AUGAGCGGGUUCAAGAACGUUUUAAAAGAAGGAUGGCACCCAGAAGGCAAGGGCGGAAAGAAGGAAAGCUGGAGAGGCGACUUUAAGGGUCUGAACCAAGUGGCUGGCUGGAUGGGCAAAGGCAAAGAACCCAGCUCAGAAGCAUCCGAGCAUGUGUCCCGACCUUUAUCCUCCCUCAAAGAUCCUAAUGCUUUUGGUCCGCCUCCCAAACAUGUCAAUUAUCACGGCCCUGCGGCACUGCCAAACGAGAGCACGCCUGAUCGCCGAGGACUCGGAGCGCCAUUGCCUCGUGAACAGACGGCCCAGUACCAGCAAGCACACAAAGAGCACGAGGAGGAACUCGAAAAACCCAAAGGUCCCCCUGUUCCGUAUCGGGUGAACACAACAGGCCUUUCCACUGACAACCUCCCACCACCCCCGGUGCGGCGUCUGGGCACGCCUGAUUCUGCGGCUUCGGGCUCAAGACCGUCUUCGAGAUCGACGUCCAGACCAACCUCUAUCGGUGCGAAACCGAAGCCUCAGCUCCCGCCGCGAGUGCCUCCGCGCAAUACAACAGAGGUUCCUCGCCCACCAUCUCCGCCACCGGCAUAUAGUGGAACGCCCCCUCCAGCCAUACACGGUUACGUGAAUCAAGACGCAACUGCUCGACUUGCCAAUGCCGGGGUAUCAGUGCCUGCGUUGGGUAUUGGUGGAGCACAAGCAACGGACUCAACCCCUGCUACAUCUCCGAAUGUCAACAUGAACGAGCUCCAGUCGCGGUUCUCAAACAUGCGCACUAGUUCGGCCUCCUCACCCUCCGCAGCGGGUCAGCCUAUCCCGAGCGGCAACCGAGAGGAUGCUCUACCACCUCCGCUGAGCUUCCGCGAGCGCCACGCCGAUAAGAUUGACAUGGGUAAGGAAAAGUGGGGAGGCAUCAGCUCGCGAGUAAACAAUUUCGUGGAAGAACGUAAAUUCUCGGCCAGUGCCAACAAGCGGAUUCCACGUCCGCCAGGUCCCAGCUCCGUUCCGUCGGACAGCGCUCGGCGUCCUGCUGCCUCGUCCACGUCUGUCGCAUCUUCAGCGCACUCGGUCCGGCCAAGCCGGGAGGGGGAUUUGACGGCUCAAGCUCAACAGAAAAAGGCACCACCACCUCCCCCUCCCAAGAAGGCAGAUUUACGCGCGCCUUCUGCAGAAGCCUCAGCAACUUCUGCAGCCUCUCCUGCGCCACCACCCGUGCCACUAAGCAGCAAACCCCGCUGA